AUACUUCCUUGAUGCAACGAUUUGUCCAUCUUUCUUCAAAGUGAACUCAUCAGGUCAUAUUUAGAACAGGUUAUCUCAUGGCAUUUAGGCCUACCGUUCAGAAACACAUUCUCAUGUCGUGACCCUAUGCAGAUUCACUUGCCAGAACAAAGAAAUCAUCACUUGUGGUUGGGAUGUCCUGUCUCUAAAUUAAAUAUCCUGUGGACCAUUGUGAGACAUAUUACUAGCGCCUCAACAUGUCCAGGAACCAAGGUGCCAGAAGAGCCGGAGGCCACCCAAUAUCUAUCAACGGAAUUCUUGACAAUGCCAUGAGGGCAGUGAACAAUGCACAGAUAGGUGUUGCCCAGAUACAGAACAUCUCCAACAUAGACAAAGCCCCGCCCUACAUCUCUCCUAACACCCCUUUGGUGAACCCUGUGACUGGGGAGAGGAUACCUCCCACUGGAGCCUCUUCAUCAGCAUCUGCCGCCAGACAAACAGGUGGUCCACUAAUCAACAUCGUGAACAGUCAGAAUGUACAGAUCGGCAACUACAACAGGAUGUACGUCCAGACAGGACGCCAGCAGAACCAGGAGGUGGAAGAGGACUUAUCCUCUGAUUCUGACAACUUUGACAAUGAGGAAGACCUACAGGAGCAGGUGCGGAAACGGCGCCUGGCUGAUGAGGAAACAGCUGAAAUACUUAGAGAUUCGCAUCUCCAGAUCUCAGAUGAGGUGUUCCAGCGACUGUCUCGUCACGUCGGUGGCUCGUGGAGGCGAUUAUUUCGGCUGUUGGGGAUUGAGGAGUCAGAUGUGGACUACAUUUUCCACAUCCACCAGAGCGAAGGUCUUGAAGAGGUCAUAUACCAGCUGCUGAAGAAGUGGAAAAUAGAAAACAAUAACCCCACAGUUGGCGACCUCAUCGCAGCGCUGGAGAAAGCCGAGAUGGGUCGAUUAUUGAAACACCUGAAGCCUUAAAACCUUUCUCAUGUGUUCUGUAUUUCCUGAAAUAACCACCAACUUUCCAAAGAAACGAGAUUUUAUUUUGUCAGUGAUGAUUUUGUCAAUGUUUUGCGUGUAUGAAUAAAUGCAUUGCCCGUCUUUAAGUGAUGGAAUGUUAUUGGAAUGUUUCUAAAAUAAUGUAUACCCCCUGGCACAGCCUGUUGCCAAUGCCAAUACAACUGAUGUGUUAAAAGAGGAUUUUGUGUUUAGGGGUGUGUGCUAAUUUCAGGAAAUAUGGUAUUAAGAAGUUUAUGAAGUGAAAUAAUUCAGAUUUUUUUUUCUGAUAGGAUUGAGUUAUUGCAAGAUUAAUUAAAGAUUGAAAGGUAUUUUCCCUGUUUCAAUGGUUACGGAUGUUUGCCUGGAUCGUAAGAAUAUGUUUGACCAAUGGGAUUUUUUGUAUUGGUUUGAAAAUUAUCAUCACCCAGCUAGGACUGGAGUGUGAUGGUUCAUCAUGUUCAUAGCGAAGUGUUUGCGCGUCCAGAGAGAGAAUUUUUUUGUUUUGAAUAAAGAAAAAUAAGAAUUAUCAUCAUCAUUUUUUGUUUAAAAUAAGGAAAUAAUCAAUGCCUUUCUUGUUAUUAACAUUGUGAAUGUUCCAAGCUUGAAUUGCCUGGUAUAUGGAUACAUUCAUUGUGUUUUGUGAUUGGACUUGACUUAUCCUUGUCAUGUUGACACCAAACUCCAUCCCAGUGUGUGACCCCUUCGAUUACCCUCCCAGUAUCAUCGCUGCCAGUGUCAACGCUUCAUCGCAGGGAAGUGCUGUGACUGGUGGCAGCAAUAGUAUAGAGAGCCUCACAAAUGGACUAGCACUGUGAGGAGCUUGUGUUGACACAUGGCUUCAGGAGAUUAGUUUUGUUGCUGCUUAUUGUUAAAAAAGUUUAAUUUGAACCUGCCAACUUCAAACUGUCAUUGUUUAAAAAACAGUUUCAUUCCUCAACAGUGAUGUAUCCUGGGAAGAAUUGAUUAUUGACAAGAAACUUGAGGUCAGGAGGUCCCUAUUUCUUAAAGUGGUACUACUUCCGCACAUAAAUAUACACCUCCUCCCUGGGCAGUCCGGGUUAGAACAGGUCCCCAGCAACUGAUGCUUGCUGUGUGAUGUGACUUCAUGGAUCACGUGGUCAGCCCAGGUGACAUGGUUGAUUAUGUGUCAGCGUUCCCUGAACGUGGGGAUUGUUGCCGAGUUGUGUCACCUGGCACCCUUGAUCAUCGAUUCACAUUGAUUAAGUCACAUCCCACUGCUUGUGGCUCUUACCCCAGUGGUGAACAUCAAAGACCUAUUGUAAUCAGUCUUCAGACUUUUCUUCCAGAACCAGUGGAUAAGGUUUGAUAUAACCGAAAUACUGUUCAAAAUUGCACUUACACAUCCUUCUCACACUGCAGAAGCUGAAAUAUUUGGAAGUCUAAAGUACAAGGACUCUGUUUGACGUUUAUGUAUGAUUUCCUCAUGAACCAGCCUAGUCUGUGAGAUGUUAAAUCAUGACUGUAUUUAUCUUAGAUGGCUGUCAUUAUCUCUGUAUGUUUGUUUUUUUCAAGCUUUUUGUUGUAUAGUUCAGUCUUUUUACUGAACACCACAUUUCUCUGUCAUCUGUGAAUAACGGUACAUAUGGCUGAUAUGUGGUGUUGUAGUGACAGGUGUCUAUUUUUAGUAAGCUCACAUGCUGAUGAAAUUUGGCUGUUUAUUACUCGUAGAAGCCAACCUGGGAUUAACAUCACAAUUUGUGCAAUGUCAGCUGUCAACUGAUUUCCAUCUGGCUGGAACCAGACUGUGUCUUAAUUCGUUGGUUGAAAAUAGAGACCACACUGCAAAGCGGCCAUAUGUUUCAAAGGCUUAUUGAAGAACGUAUUGACGAUGCAGGAAAGAUGAUCAUGAUGAUGUGACAUAAUGACCAUGUUUAUCUUUUCAUCACCACUUAUUGAAGCUGUUUUAUGAGACUUCGUGUCGAUGAGGUUUUCAUUGUACAUACUUAACUGAUCCGCCGACUCUAAAUUGCAGAUUAAAAUAAACAUUUUGAGGUCACAUUUCUGUUUGCUUGCCUGACAACAAAGAAAAUGACUGAAUGAAGUAGUAGUAGAAGUAAAAUUUAGGGCUACUUCAGAGGUCCAUCGUCAGGGUGCGGUUUGUUUGAAAGCGUUACUUCCCUUCCCAUAUUGAUCGGCUUGAAAGUGUUCUUUUUUCAUCUAAAUUGAAACUUGGUGGAAAGAACAGAAUUUUGUUGCACAUUUGUGAAUUAUUUGGGGGGUGGCAGAUCUGUAAUCAAAGUACUGUAUAAAGCACUGAUUUGUUUAGUUUUUUAUUUGAGCCGUUGUGCCAUGUUAUAUCUAACUUUUGCUUUUGUAUACAUUUUCUGUAUUUUUCUCUAUGAUCAUGUUAUUUAACUCUGCUCUUCUGAGUCGGCUCUGUGUAAAUAGCUUGAAUUUUGUUAAAAAUAUAUUGAUCUCCAAUGUGAAUGAUAACGUGUGAGUAAAUACCCAAUUUGGAUCCCUGUUUAUAUCUUAUUUUGAAAUCAUGUUGACAUUACUUCCCUACGCAAUAAUUGUUUGUUUCUAUCAUCACUACAGAUGUAGUUGAACAUUUCAGCUUCACGGGCACAUUAUUGGUAUGACCUCCUUUUGCAUGUGGUUGUUUGCAGUUAAUAUCAUUUGCUUCAAGAUAUUAUAACUUUGUAUAUAGCGGUGUCAAUAAAAUGUCAAUCAAUA